UCCAAGUUCAUCUAMAUUGAAAUUUAGUUUCUUCAAUUUUUUCGAAAUACAAUGACACAAGGAAGCCAGGAGUCCCUCACAGAGGCAGAUAAUGCUACUGAAAGUUUAAUAGAACGACCCGAGGGACAACAUUUCCAUCUCGAUGGGAGUACUCAAAAAUGGAAUCGUAAGAAAGGAAUACGAGUAAUGUUAAUAUCAUGUCUUGUAUUUGCUAUUGCUAUAACAGUAGCMUUAAUAGUUGAUAUAUAUACUGGCGACCAUCAUACUGGUCAUGCUGCCAUAUCAACUGACAUACAAGAAUGCUCUGACAUUGGAUCAAACUUGAUGAAAAAAGGUGGCAGUGCUGUUGAUGCAGCAGUAGGMGCUUUAUUUUGUGUUGGUGUCAUGAACCCUGAAAGCUCAGGAAUAGGAGGAGGAGGGUUUAUGGUUGUUUCAACCCCAAAACAUGGUGAAAAAGUGAUUGAUUUCCGUGAAACUGCCCCUCUUUCAGCAACUAGUGAUAUGUUCAAGAAAGACCCUUCUCUUGCAAAGGAGGGUGGUCUUGCUGUUGCUAUUCCUGGUGAGUUGAAAGGUCUAGARUUGGCACACAAGAAGUAUGGCAAGUUGAAAUGGUCUGAGGUGGUUGAACCCGCAAUAAAAUUAGCUAGAGACGGUUUUACUUUGGCAGCACACACAGCACUGGUUCUUAGCUGGGAGCGAGUACAGAAAAGCUUGAAAAAUUCUAAAGAGUUAAUGAAAAUGUAUGCACCUGGUGGACAAUUCCUAAAGGCUGGUGCCAGGAUAAAGAAUCCUAAGUUAGCUGACACAUUAACAGAGAUAUCCAAACAUGGAUCAAAGGCUAUGUAUGAGGGACCAAUAGCACAAAGCAUUGUAGAUGCAGUAAGAAAACAAAAUGGGAAUAUUACUCUGGCAGAGUUGAAAAAAUAUAAAGCUGAAAUUAAAAACUGCUUGUAUUCAGAAUAUCAAGGGUAUCAGAUCAUGCUGCCUCCACUUCCUUCUGGUGGACCUGUGGUGAUCUCAGCACUGAACAUUUUAGAAAGGUUUAAUUUGACCAAGAAAGAUCAAGAUAAAAAUGCAACAUACCAGUACAUGAUAGAGGCUUUUAAGUUUGCUUUUGCACAAAGAACUCAUCUGGGUGAUUCUCAUGAUCCAGCCAAUAGUGGAGUAGMAAACUUUACCAAGUAUAUGAUGAGCAAAAAGACAGCUAAAUCUAUCCAGAACAUGAUAUUUAAGAGCAAAACUUUCCCACCAGCUUACUAUUCACCAGCAUCAGAGGUUACACCAAAUAAUGGUACAUCAUAUGUAGCUGUACUUGGUCCUGAUGGGGAAAUGGUGUCUGUGUCCAGCACURUCAAUGGAUACUUUGGAUCAUUAGUCAUGACAGACACUGGUAUCUUACUAAAUAAUCAAAUGGCUGACUUUAGUAGUCAACCACCGUACAAUAAGGCCAAUAGCGUUAAACCAGGAAAAAAGCCUUUAUCGUCAUGUUCUCCAAUGAUUGUCAAACACAAGCAGGAUGCAUGUUUGUACAUGGUACUUGGAGCAUCUGGUGGUACACAUAUACCUACCAGUGUAGUGCAAACAUUGGUCAAUAUUCUAUCAUUUGGUGAUUCGUUAAAAGAUGCUGUUGAGAGACCACGUGUACAUCACCAACUAUAUCCUAAUGAAGCWGAACUAGAAGGUGAUCGGUUUAAAAAGUGGAAWUUAGGCAGAGUGAUAGACUAUCUACAAAACAUUGGUCAUGUCGUUAAGACAAAAGAUGUUCAAUAUGCUGAUGUCCACGUGGCGCAGAAUUAUCGCAGCAAUCUUCGAGCCCACAGUGAUAGUAGAAGACCGGGCAGCGGCGUUGCUGUGUAUUAGAGAAAGGCGUGGCCGCCAUAAUCAUAAAAGUGUUGCCUUUUUGUGGGAAUUAUUUAAUAAGCACACUUGACUAUUUCUACACAUAUUUUCUUGGAUAUUUAGUAAUGCUGACUUUAUAAAUGCACUUUUCUACAAAAUGUUUCACACACCGUUUCUCUUAAAAUUAUAACUAAUACGAUAAUAUUUAUUGUGGAAUACUUUCGAUAAUAAGAUUAAUAAAUUAUACAGUAAGGGA